CAAAUGUAGAACGAUCUGUAGCCAGUGGAUGUGUGGCAUAGGUCGGUGAAACAGGCCUCUAAUAUUACGUCCGCUUAGUUCUAUGACGCCGAGGAUUGGCUCCUCACACCUUCUCAGAAGCACUGCACUCCCCUCUCAGGUCUAUCGCAUCGAAGUACUCGAUACGAGAGGGUAUCCUUAUCUUUACCCGCAUCUCCGCACCGAACAAAGUAAAAACACUCGGUUACAUUGCUCCUGAGAGGCUGCAGAUUCUGCAUGGCACACCCAAACUAGCCGCGAAUCCCGCCAAUCUCUGAUUUCAGUGAUGAUCACAUAUCUGCCUUAGGGUAUUAAAUCAAGGUUAAUUCCCCCUGGGCCUUCAUGGUCAUGUCUCUAGCAUCCAUACCUGGACACACGAUAUUCGAGUCUACGUACGAGAUACGAUACAGAUGUGACUUCGCACUAUUCGAGCCUGCAAUAGCGAAAAUAUUCAUAUAUGUUCUCUUACUGCGCCAUACCGUAUUUUAGGGAGCAUCAUGGACACAUUCGAUCAACUGGAUAAUCGGUGGUUGGUCUGCGUCACUGUGUUCGGACUAGCUGGGCUAUGCUUUGCUUUGAGUAGGUUGCAGCACAAACCAGUUUGGCUUUGGUCAAGACUUUACAGCCCUCGAAGUGUCACGCCACCACAGUCGAUAACACCGGAGAAGAGACCAACGCAGUAUGCGAAUGUUUUACCACCUCAGAACGGUCAGACACUCACUGCAUUCCCGGAAUUUGUGACAGGAAGGAGUGAGGCCAGCGAAGAGAACGUUCUCAAGCACAUCCUUCCCAUGACCACGGACUAUAGGACCUGCGAGGAAGACAGGUACACACCAACGGGAUUUUCAAUAGCUGAAGUCAAGGCCUUAGGGGACUUUCCAGACUAUGCGAAACUCAGCGGUGUGCCCUUGCCUCAGGCGUAUCCCGAGUUCGAGAUUGAAAAAGCGCUACCUAGGCCAUAUCGUCCGUUUAGAUGGGGUUACCACCAGACAAUGUCAUUGACAAAGCUAGAAACGGAUUGGUGGAUAGAGCUUGAGAAUACCUACAAACAGCGGAUUGCGCAACGGAAGGACUUGUAUGCAAGGCAUGGGGAUGCGGUCCUGGGCUGGCUCCCAGGAUCAGAGCUGGCUUGUAAAGAACUCAUGGAAAUGGUCCUGCAAUUCAUCUGCGCCCGGUAUCCGCAAUACUUCUCUCUAGUGGACAGACGCAUCCUACAAAAUAGGAUAUUGGGAGUAGAGCAGGACGUUAGAUCCAAGCAUCCCCUUGAGGUACUGCUCGACAACGUACCCGAGGACUUCGGCGUGAUGCUACGUGAUGACACAACGGGUAACUAUUUUUUACGUGCCGGAGUCAUCUGUUCUGCUUUGGGGUGGAAUGUCGCCACCAAGAUCGGACUUCAGCUUCAUCAUAUCCAUGGCUCAGUUCCAGAUUACAGGGAGAAGAUGCAGUUCUCCAUGGAUCGGUUUUUCACCAAAAUGCCGACCGACAAACCGAUACAAAGAGGAUCCUGGGGUCUUGAAGUCGGGCAGCCUUUGUAUAUGCCUAAAGGGGACCCCCACGAGAAACUCCGACUGUACCAAGAUCCCAAUCUUCAACUAGAGGACUGCUAUCUCAGAGUAGAUUGGCAAACACUCCGCCGCCUUCCCAUUUCUGGGGCUAUCGUAUUCAACUUCAAGGCACUCUUCACACCUGUGACCGAAUUCCGGGACGAACCUGGCGUGCCCGCAUUGAUAACCAAGGUCUUGAAGGAGGGCAAGAAGAAUAUACUGGAGUACAAGGGUACAUGGCACGUGGAGCAUGUUGUACUGCCCAAGUUUGAAGAAUGGGCAAAAGAACAAGAGGAGAAUGAGCUCGUUCCCAGUGGUUGGGAGGUAGCUACAUUGGAUGAUAGCCCAUGGUAUCAAAAUUGGCAGGAAAAGUGGCAUUGCCAACAAGGCUUCUAGUACCAUUUGCUCAUAAGCUCUUCCCAAUCCGUAUUCCCCGAUAUGGUUUCUGAUUUGCACCGUUUCGGUGAUACUGGGCCAGGCAGCCACAUUGAGAUUAUUUAUUUGCGUUCUAAGUAAUUUACGAACAUGGUACAAUUGAGAUAAUCAGCAAGUGAAAUAAACAUAUGUUUUACAAUUGAGUAGCAAAGAUGAUGGGGUAUCUCCGAAUGCUGCAGAUUGUAACCAAAACUGGUACUAUGCUCAAGCAGCAAUGCCGUUUUUCCAAUUCCUAACUCCCAAGGUAGAGCCCCAUUCUCCCGUAGUAGAUGUCUCCAUACAGUCAAGUCCAUUUGGAAGAGGAUGACAAGAAUUCCGUGGGCGUCUGUGUCACGGCGCUCGAGGAUAUUCGAUCGUUGCCCUAUCAGGGCACGUAAGGUAGCGGGGUCAAAUGAGAACCACGCCUAUUAAAGGGAUGUGAGUGGCUCAAUG